AUGGGCUGUAAUCGGAACUGCGGACUUAUUACUGGAGCUGUCAUUGGUGCAGUCCUGGCUGUGUUUGGAGGCAUUCUAAUGCCAGUUGGAGAUAUGAUUAUUCAGAAGACAAUUAAAAAGGAAGUUGUCCUUGAGGAAGGUACAAUUGCUUUUAAAAAUUGGGUUAAAACAGGCACUGAAGUUUACAGACAGUUUUGGAUCUUUGACGUGCAAAAUCCACAGGAAGUGAUAGUUAACAGCUCUAACAUUAAGGUUGUUCAAAGAGGUCCCUACACAUACAGAGUUCGUUAUCUAGGAAAGGAUAAUAUAACUCAUGAUACUGAAAACCACACAGUCUCUUUUGUUCAGCCCCAAGGGGCCAUCUUUGAACCUUCAUUGUCGAAUGGAACAGAGAAUGACACUUUCACGGUUCUCAACUUGGCUGUAGCAGCUGCUCCCCACCUCUAUCCAAAUUCAUUUGUUCAGGUAUUACUCAAUUCAAUUAUCAAAAAGUCAAAAUCUACAAUGUUCCAANGAAGGACUGUGAAAGAGCUGUUGUGGGGUUACAAGGAUCCAUUUCUGAGUUUGGUUCCAUAUCCUGUUAAUACUACAGUUGGUGUAUUUUAUCCUUACAAUGAUACUGUAGAUGGAGUAUAUAAGGUUUUCAGUGGAAAGGACGACAUUAGCAAAGUUGCCAUAAUUGACACCUAUAAAGGUAAAAAGAAUCUCUCUGUUUGGCCAGACUAUUGUGAUAUGAUUAAUGGCACAGACGGAGCCUCGUUCCCUCCUUUUGUUGAGAAGAGCCGGACGCUGCAAUUCUUUUCCUCAGACAUUUGCAGGUCAAUCUAUGCAGUUUUUGGAGGUGAUGUUAAUUUGAAAGGAAUUCCUGUGUAUAGAUUUGUCCUUCCAUCAAAAGCCUUUGCAUCUCCGAACCUCCUUGGCCUGGUUGAAAUGGUCCUGCUCAGUGUCGGUGUGGUGAUGUUUGUGGCUUUUAUGAUUUCAUAUUGUGCAUGCAGGUCAAAGAAAGUAAAAUAA